GGACAAUAAUGAAUAAUAAUAAUAUACAAUUAUUACUGUAUGACAAAUAUUAGGUACUAAUAAAACAGAAAUAAUUUUACUCUGAGUAAAAAUAGUACUAUAAACUGCAUUGAUAGUUAAGACCAAAAAUGAAGUGUUUACUAAUCAAUCGUAUUGUUUGUGUAAUUUUUGUUAAUUCAGAUACAGGUAAAUCAUUGUUGCGUCCACAAUUACCAGUUGGCAUAUACCGAUUAAAUUUUAAAGGAAUAAUACGUUGUAAUCCAACUAGAUCAAAUAAUAAAUUAAUAUAUGAAUUUUAUCUAAGUAAAAAGUCUGCCAACAUUACAGAACUCAAAGGAAACAUAACCAAUUUAGUACCAUUUGACGAUUCUCUUGAUUUGGAAUUUAAUUUAGCAGUAAAAGAUUCUAUUGGUGGUUGGAAGGAAAAUGCUUUUUUAUAUAAGUCACCCAAAGCUUGUUCAACCCUAAGAAAUAUUUUGGGGCCUGCUUGGACUCAAAUAAUGGAUUCUGCAGGAUGCCCUAAUAUGACAUGCCCUGUUCCCAAGGGUUUUUAUAAAUUAGCAGGCAUAGAUACUGAUACUUUUAUGAAUACCAAUUUCCCCAAAUCGUUUUUUUAUGGAACAUACAAAUUUCGUGUAUCGUAUACUAAAAACAAUGAAGUUUAUGCUUGUUUUACCUUUGUGGUAGAAGUGAAGCGGACUUGGGAAACUGAAUAAACACCUAAUAACAAUACAACACUAAUUAUAUUAUUAAAUAUUAUCCAUGUUCGUUCAUCAUAAAAAUGUUAAAAUAAAUAAUUAUACCUAAUCAUAUUUAUUAUUUUGUUACACUAAAAGUACAUAAUAGUUUUUUGUUUCUAAUACUGUACUAAUCACAAUUUAUUCAUGAAUUUUUAUCACAUUAUAUUAUUUUUGUUAUAUAAAAUAAAAAUUAUAUUA